UCACCCUUCAUCAAAAAAAGGGUGCAAGGAAAAAAAUUUUUUGGGGGCCCUCCCCGCCAUGAGCUCCUACGUAGCCAAUUCAUUCUAUAAGCAGAGCCCCAAUAUCCCUGCCUAUACCAUGCAAACUUGUGAGAACUAUGGAUCGGCCUCAGAGGUGCAGGCAUCCAGGUACUGCUACGGCGGAUUGGACUUAAGCAUCACUUUCCCACCGCCUGCGCCUUCCAACUCUCUCCACGGGGUAGACAUGGCUGCCAAGCCCCGGGCUCACCCCGACCGCCCCGCCUGCAGCGCCGCAGCCGCUCCGGGACACGCUCUGGGCAGAGACGAAGCGGCUCCUCUGAACCCCGGGAUGUACAGUCAGAAGGCGGCUCGCCCGGCGCUGGAAGAGCGAGCUCAGAGCGGUGGGGAGAUUAAAGAGGAAAAGGCGCAGACAGGGCAACCCGCCGGACAGAGCCAGCCACCGGCCCCGCCACAGAUUUACCCGUGGAUGACCAAACUGCACAUGAGCCACGAGACGGACGGCAAGCGGUCCCGAACCAGUUACACGCGCUACCAGACUCUGGAACUGGAAAAAGAAUUCCACUUUAACCGCUACCUCACCCGCCGCAGGCGCAUAGAGAUCGCCAACAACUUGUGUCUCAACGAGAGACAGAUCAAGAUCUGGUUCCAGAACCGCAGGAUGAAGUGGAAGAAAGAUUCCAAAAUGAAAAGCAAAGAGGCUCUUUAGAGGCGGCGGGGAAGCCCGCAGAGAGCAUCCCGACCCCCGCUCCAUCCCUGCGCCUUCCCCUUUCCCUCUUCCUUUCUCUAUUUUGGGCCCAUUUGGGGGGCCGGGCAGGGGCAGAGGGCUUCCCCUUCCAUCCUAGAUCCCCAGCCUUGCAGACAAAAGCGCUUUUCCUUGGAAUUCCCACCGAUCCCCAGAUUUCCGCGAGUCCGCUUGGUGCUUCCCCAACUCCCUUCAGUUGGACUCAGCACUGGGCCCUAGCCAGCUCCACAGGGGUUUCCUGAGGCAGGUGAGGAGUGAACCCCGCCUGAGGCUCCCAGACCCCAGCACAGCCCAUUUGGGAGUUCAAGGGGCCUAUUGGGUGCCACAGGCCAGCACCCCAAUUCUAUGGCCUUGCCCACUUCUUUGUUCCAGGCUGGGCUGACAUUGGAAUGGUUGUGCUUGGUGGGGUCCAACACAGGACUGGGGUGCUUUAGCGACGAAACUGAUCUUAAUUUUGGAAUGAUUUACAUAUGAAAGCAGGAGACCUCCGCUUAGGGUCCUUGGGUUGCCCUAAGCCUUCCAAGCCUCCUUCCUUACCUCCAGCCUACACCCUCUGCAUGCCCUCUGGGGGCCCAACCUCAGACCACUAGCUAGCUCAACUAUUGGGGUUCCCUACCACUGGACCCCAGCAAGGAGUCCUAGAGGCUCUUGGCUACCCAGUAGUCCCUGCCACCACCACCUGUGCCCUCCUGCCCCCCUUGCUGUUGUCUAUUUAUUGCCUCCGGGUCUUCCUGAAACUAUAUUUUGUCAUAACAAAUAAAGACAAAGAGCCGCCAG